UAGAACGACGUAUAAACCUUGUUGCACUUACAGACACACAUAUAUGAAUGCUCAAAAUAAGAAACUUGCCGUGUAGUUGUAGGACUACACUGAUGCAUGUUGUGGCCAUAAUCACAGCUGACAAGUCCUUCCCAUUGGGAAAAAUUGUAAGCAAAUAAAUUUCGUAAAAGGCAGAUAAAUAACGUGUCGUUCUGAGAUUUCUGGAAGGAGGGGCGACAGUUAUCUUCGAGGAUCCUCAUGUUUUGGCGGCGUGCAUAUUUAGAUACACUCAUUCUGAGACCCGUUAUAAUGAGCGUGUGUAUUGUCAUACUGGGACAGAACAUCGGGCAAGCACAAGGACUGAAGUGUAUGAAGUGCAUCAAUAUUGACCUCGAUAAGUCUCCUGCUGGCUUAUUCAUCAACCCAUUUCUCAACUUUAUCCCUGGGAUUAGGAACACAAAGUGUUUGGAACCCUCCUUCAUCUCAGGCAUCGACACCGUCACGUGUCCUCCAAAUCCCGAAUCUGGGUAUCAUGUAUACAGAUGUGGGGCAUACACUGGAACAAUAAAUAUUGCCCUGGAGAAUGGCCUAACAAAUAGUUCUCUUCGUGUGAUCAAUCGACAAUGUGUCUUAAUCUACCAGGGACUGAACUACGGCUGUCAUCCACAGGCAUAUGUCGAGGAGGAUGCGAACGAUUUUCAGAAAAUUUUUGAAAGCCUUGACAAUUUAGGAGUUGUGGAAUUCCAGGGACAUGUCUGUUUGUCUGACGAUGCCGAAGCUGCCCCACAAACCACGUGUAGCAGCCGACGCGCAACUCAAUCCUUAAUGCUCGUCAGUGUUAUUUGUUUUUUGUGUGUAACUUUUAAAAAGUUGUAAAUAAAAAUUAAUUUUAAGGAGCAAAAUCUAUGUUACCUCUCUAAAUGUUCGUCGCAUUUUUACUCUCAUCCUUCUAAGAUUUAAUUUAUUAUCCCAAUUGUAUCUCUUUCUAUGAUAUAAUGAACAGUUAACUUAACCUCAGGUUCCAGACAUACAGUGUGUUAUAGGUUAAACAUUGACAGGUCAUUGACCCCAACAUAAGGUAGAUUCCGUCAAAACGUACAGACCAGUUGGUA